AUGGCCCGCCUAGCAAGCUCAAACUGGUGCGACUGCGAUUUUCUGAGCUCCCUAGAUGAUAUCCUGCCGUCAAGUAGUGAAUAUCCUGAUUUGGAGAAGCGUCCAAUCGAUGGACCGAACAAGAUUGGAAAUUAUUUUAUUGGAGCUGCCCAGUGGAUUAUGUGGCCGGACGAAGGUCGCUAUGUCUACCAGCAAUGCAAGAAGGUUGAGGGUGUAUCCGAGCCCCGCGAAAUGUGGAGUAUGGAGCGCUGGAGGGAAUGGAAGAAUCAGUUUGCUUUUGUAGCGGGUGACGACCUUGCUGGGAGGUACAGGGAGGUGGCUGAGCAAUCAUAUCGCCAGAUACUUGUUUAUGAGAGUGAAGAAUUGAAUUAA